ACAUUUGACUGAAAUUCUUUUACAUAAUUAUUUAAGAAAAAUUCAUACGUAUUUAUAAAUAAUAAUCAGCGUGCACGUCAAGUCAAAAUAAACUUGAGAAUAACGUUGUGUAGUAAAUAAAACUAAUAAAAAAUGUAGUAAAGAAAAUCUCAGGGUCAACGAAUCAAUUUUGUGAUUAUCGUAGAUUUGACAGUGUGAAACUUGAAUUUAGUCAUCACAAGACAAAUAUUGAAGUUAGAAGUGUAAAUAAUGGCUGUGAGUGCUGUGCCUCCGUUAAAUCGAAGCAUUUCGAUGCUUCUUCAAAGCACAGAGGAAAUGGCGAAUCAAACAAAAUCUAAUCAAAAUAUAGCUGUAGAAGAAACCGUGAGACGUCAUUCUGCCUUUGAUUGUUUCCAACUGAUCGAACAACAGUUUUCCCCUGAUUCGGAGUUCGAUGAAACUCUCGGUAUCGAAGGUUUAGAUGAUGCUACUGUCAUAACGAUAGAUGGCGAAAAACAUAUCGUCAAUCGAACGCACGACGAUGUUUUAGCACUCACGGAGAUCCCGCAUAGUACAAUUUUCAAUACCCCCGAAAAGUUUAAACAGAAACAGAGGAAAUUGUUUCUGCCAAAUGUUGAUAUUAACGUUGAGAUUACCGACUUUGAUCGGAAUGUAACAUAUCAUUUGCUGAAUCCCAAUUUAUAUACAAUAACGUUGAAGCAUGGACAAUUUACGUGGCAAAUUAAACGAAGAUAUACGGAUUUUCAGAAAUUGCACACACAAUUGAUGAUGUUCAAAGCGUCGUUGAACUUUCCAUUUCUCACAAAAGCACAAAAGGAGAUUCGCGCAAGUUUUAGAGCGAAAGAAAAUGAUGCGACAAAUGGAGAAGAGCAAAAUGGUCAAACCACAAUUAUCGAUGAGACAAAAAAGGAUGAAAAAGAUGGCAAAGUGAAAAAAGUAAAAAAGGGAGCUCUUCCGAGAUUUCCCAAUAAACCAGAUGCUUUAGUGCCAUUUGAAUCAAUUCCCGUUCGAAUGAAACAACUCGAAGAAUUUUUAAAGAAUCUUCUCACAAUUUCGAUUUAUCGUCAACAUCCCGAAACUGUUGAAUUUUUAGAAGUAUCUCCGUUGUCGUUCAUUUCGUCACUCGGAGGAAAAGGAAAAGAAGGCGCCUUGAAGAAGAGAAGCGGUUCAACAAGACCCGGACAAUCGGGAUGUGAUUGUUUUGGAUGUUUCAGUACAGAUUGUUGUUUUCGUUGUAAUCAAUUUUGUACGACAGGCAUGUGUUCGCGAUGGAAAAACUCUUGGUUCUUCGUAAAAGACACAUUUUGGGGAUAUAUUAGACCAAAAGACGGAGUCGUGCGAUGUGUUGGUUUAUUUGAUCAAGGAUUUGAUGUUUCGCAAGGAGUUUAUAGCACAGGAAUGAAGAAUGGAAUUCAAUUGUACAAUCACAGUAGAUUUGUUAUGUUAAAAGGCGCAACACGACGAAGCACAAAAGAAUGGUUAGAGUAUAUUAAACAUGUCGCAAAUAAUUCAGCAAGUCAAUUCGUGAAAUCAAAUCCGCACAAUUCAUUUGCACCUGUUCGUACGGGAAUGAGCGCAGGAUGGUUUGUUGAUGGCGCAAGUUAUAUGUCGUGUGUUGCUGAUGCCCUUGAAAGAGCUCAAGAUGAAAUUUACAUUGCUGAUUGGUGGUUAAGUCCUGAAAUUUAUAUGAAACGCCCCGCAAUUGAUGGAUUGUAUUGGAGACUUGAUAAAAUUCUCCUUCGUAAAGCGAAACAAGGUGUUAAAAUAUUUGUCCUUUUGUACAAGGAAGUUGAAAUGGCAUUAGGAAUUAACAGUUUUUACAGUAAACAACAGUUAGCUUCAUUGCAUGAGAAUAUUCGUGUUUUACGACAUCCAGAUCAUGCGAGAGUUGGAGUCUUCUUUUGGGCGCAUCACGAAAAAUUAGUUAUAAUUGAUCAAACAUACGCCUUUGUUGGAGGAAUUGAUUUGUGUUACGGAAGAUGGGAUGAUCAUAUGCAUAGAUUAACAGAUUUGGGAAGUAUUUCGACGCCUUUGCAAAAUCCCAUCACAAUGUUAAUCAAAGGAGCUUCGAAUAUGUUCACAAAAGCAACGGGAGUUGAUACUGUAGAUGCUUCGACUCCAAUUCAGAGCAAACGUGUCGUGCAAAUUGAAGAUCCCGAAGACGCUUUUAUGCGACAAGUUGCCGAACUUAAACCAGGUCAAAAGCAAAACACGCCGGAAAUGGAGAGAAAAAAUCGAUUAUCAGCAGUAAAAGAUAAAGUCAAAACAAAAGGACGUGAUUUCAUGAAUUUGUUAUCUUUGAACGAGUCGGAAAUUGUUGCGCCGGAAAGUGCGACAAAGAAGGGAAAAGACGAUGUUUGUAGAAAUUUGCAUUUUAACGAUGAUGAAAUAAAAGAAGCUUCUUGUGCAGGCGUCGAAGAUCCAUCUCAAAAGUACACAGAUCCCAUGGUUGAAACGUUAACGGGACAGGCAAAACUUUGGAUUGGAAAAGAUUAUUGCAAUUUCAUCUACAAAGAUUUCAUUAAUCUUGAUAUGCCUCAUGAUGAUUUUGUCGAUCGUACUCAAACCCCCCGAAUGCCAUGGCAUGAUAUUGCAACAGUUGUUGUUGGUGCCUCAGCUCGUGACGCUGCUCGUCAUUUCAUUCAACGAUGGAAUUCAGUGAAAUUAGAAAAAGCUCGUGAUAACUUAUCAUAUCCAUAUCUCAUGCCUCGUACAUAUCAAGAGAUCAAAAUUGAUCCGAAUUUCAUAUCAAUUCCCUUGAGUCGAGUAACGUGUCAAGUUCUUCGAUCGUCGUCAUCUUGGAGUGCAGGAUUUUUAGAUCCUGAAUAUGUUGAACAAUCAAUUCACGAAGCCUACAUCGAUACAAUUACAAAAGCGCAGCAUUACAUUUACAUCGAAAAUCAAUUCUUCAUUAGUUUGGAAAGGGGAAAUUUAAAUGUUCGAAAUGGAAUUGCAGAACGGCUAUUUGAACGAAUUAUGCGAGCUGUGAAGGAAAAUAAAGUUUUUCGUGUUUUCGUUGUAAUGCCUUUACUUCCGGGCUUCGAAGGAGACGUUGGCGGAACAACAGGAAAUGCUGUUCGUGUAAUAACGCAUUGGAAUUAUUCUUCCAUCAAUCGAGGAAAAUACUCUCUUAUUCAACGUUUGAUCGCGGCAGGCGUCGAAGACCCCUUUCAAUACAUUACUUUCCACAGUUUGCGAACGCAUUCAGUAUUAGAUGGUUUUCCCAUCACCGAACUCAUUUACGUGCAUUCCAAGUUGCUAAUUUGCGAUGACAAGACAAUUAUUUGCGGAUCAGCAAACAUCAACGAUCGUUCGCUCAUCGGAAAGCGAGAUUCAGAAGUUGCGGUUAUCAUUCAAGACGAAGCCUUCGAGGAUGGGCGCAUGAAUGGAGAAACUUUCCCAUCGGGACUCUACGCAGGACGUUUACGGAGAUUCUUGUUCAAAGAACAUUUGGGAAUUUUAGAGCCGAAACCGCAUCAACGACAAAUCGACGUCACGGAUCCCAUUUCGGAUCAAUUUUACAACGGGAUUUGGCGAAGAACGUCAAACAGAAAUACACGCAUCUUUGACGAAGUCUUCCAUUGUAUUCCGACCAACAAUACGGAAACGUUUGUGCAAUUGAAGAGCUAUUUGGAAGAGGAUCCUCUGUGCAAAACGGAUGUUAAAGCUGCCGAAAAACGUAUCGAACAAAUUGAAGGAUAUCUAGUCGAUCUUCCAUUGGAAUUCCUCAAAAAGGAAGUUCUUACGCCGCCUGCUACAAGCAAAGAAGGAAUCAUGCCAAUCUCUUUAUGGGUUUAGAUAGGAAUUUUUAAUUAAAUAAAAAUAA